CUCCUUUUUCACUUUCCUUUCCGCGGAAAGCGGAUCGGGCCUGUCGACUAUGGACGACCCGGACUGCGAUUCCACCUGGGAGGACGAGAGCGAGGAGGAUGGCGAGGAUGGCCAGGCAGAUGAUACAAGCGAUGAGGACACGGGCGACGAUGAUGGCGACGCGGAGGAGACACGGCCAGGCCCGUUCCAGUCCAGGAUGACAGGGUACCGAAAUUGGCGAGCCAUGCAGGACAUGCGAAGGUACCGGCACCACUACCCGGAUUUGGCAGAUCAAGACUGCAAUGGUGACAUGUCCAAUCUGAGUUUCUACAAAAAUGAGAUCUGCUUCCAGCCAAACGGUUUCCUCAUUGAGGACAUUCUUCAGAACUGGAAAGACAACUAUGACCUCCUUGAAGAGAAUCACUCCUACAUUCAGUGGCUGUUUCCUUUGAGGGAACCAGGAGUGAACUGGCACGCCAAGCCCCUCACACUGAAGGAAGUUGAGGCAUUUAAAAGCUCCAAGGAAGUCAGAGAUCGUCUCAUCCGAGCCUAUGAGCUCAUGCUGGGCUUCUAUGGCAUCCAACUUGAGGACCGGGACACAGGUGCUGUAUGCCGUGCACAGAACUUCCAGCCGCGCUUUCACAACUUGAACAGCCACAGCCACAACAACCUGCGAAUUACACGCAUCCUCAAGUCGCUGGGUGAGCUGGGCUUAGAACACUACCAGGCACCCCUGGUCCGCUUCUUCCUGGAGGAGACGCUAGUACAGCACAAAUUGCCCAGUGUGCGCCAGAGUGCCCUCGACUACUUCCUCUUCGCUGUGCGCUGCCGACACCAGCGCCGGGAGCUCGUGUACUUCGCAUGGGAGCACUUCACGCCUCGACGCGAGUUUGUCUGGGGCCCCCGUGACAAGCUUCGGCGAUUCAGGCCCCAAGCUAUACCCCAGCCACUGAUGGGACUAGGGCAGACAGAGACAGAUAAGGGUGAGGGCUCCGGGGACCCCUUCCAAGAGGCCGGCACCCAGGGUCGGACCUGUGGAUCUGGAAGGGACUUGAGUGGGCACAUUGAAACAGCUGAGGAUCCCUUGCUGCUGAGCACAAAACCCUUGGAUGAGGACCAGAGGGAUGAGUCUAAGUCCCCAAGUCCCAAAGAGAGCAAGAAGAGGAAGUUGGAAGGGAAUAGGCAGGAGCAGGUCCCAGGGGAGCCCGAUCCCCAGGGUGUCUCUGAGGUAGAAAAAAUUGCCCUCAACCUUGAGGAGUGUGCCCUCAGCCCUGUCAGCCAGGAACCCAGGGAGGCUGAACAGCCCUGUCCUGAGGCCAGGGUGGCUGAUAAGGUAAGAAAACGGAGGAAGGUGGAGGAAGGGGCUGAGGGUGAUGGAGCCAGUAACACUGAGAUGCAGGCCCAUACCCUGCCUCCUGCUCCUUCAGAGUGUCCUGAGGUCCAAAAGGAUGGGAACGGGCCAAAGGGCCCAAAAGACCAGGUGGGGCCAGAGGACCCAGAAACCCGGGUGGGGACAGAGGAUGGCGCCUCUGUGAGCCUGGUGGAGGACCCUGACUCUGAUGCCACAGGAACCUCAGUGGAUGAGCCAGAGGAGUUGGCAAAGAUGGGGACCUCUGCUGAACCCCCAAAGCCUUAGAGGUACAUCUCAGCCUACUGCAGGGGGUGUCUGAGCCCCAGAGUUCUGUUGUUGGCUCUUCUUGGUGCCCCACAGUGCUGGCCUCUCCCUGGUGGUCACUGAAGUGGCCACCAGAGGGACUGAGGCCCUGCCCUCAGGGAAGGCCAAGGCCUUCAGAACCCUCCUUACCUCACUGUGUCCUCCCCCACUGUCCUCUGAGCCCCAUGUUUGUGAACAGACCCUAAGGGUCUUGGGGGAGGGGCCUCUUUUCUUAGUCUGGUGCCAAGUGAGGCCUUUUCUGAAUAAACUCUUUAGACUUUG